UCUCUCAUCUUCCCCAAGAACAUUUUCACGCGCGGCGAGAACUGAACCACAACUGUAGCCCAGCGUCAGGGGAAAUAACCCAGUGAUUCGCCGAGCAGAGGAAGACGACGAUGAGUCGAGGAGCGGCGGCGUCGGUGGCAGCGAAAGGGGGGAAGAAGAAGGCGGCGAGCUUCGUCAUCGACUGCUCGAAGCCAGUGGAGGAUAAGAUCAUGGACAUCGCUUCUCUGGAGAAGUUCCUCCAGGAGAGGAUCAAGGUCGGCGGCAAACCCGGUGCUCUCGGAGAUGCAAUCACCGUUACUCGUGACAAGAACAAAAUCACUGUCACUGCCGACACGAACUUCUCUAAAAGAUACCUUAAGUACUUGACUAAGAAGUACUUGAAGAAGCACAAUGUUCGUGAUUGGCUUCGAGUGAUUGCCUCGAACAAGGAUAGGAGUGUCUAUGAGCUACGGUACUUCAACAUUGCCGAGAACGAGGGCGAAGAGGAAGACUGAAAACUCCAACCCGGUUGGUUUGGUUGCAUUUUGUUUAUUUUCCAUCGUCUCGUCAGUUGUCUGAACAUGCUGAGAUCCUGUCCAAAAAUGUUAUCCUGAGAAAUUUCAGUUGCAGAGUUCUUUAGCUUGUCUGUUAGUUUCCCACUUUCAUAAGACGGCAAUUUCUCUUCUGCAAUCCAAUUUCGUAUUCACGCUU